AUGGAAGAAGCAAAGAUAGCCAAAACAUCAUUGGUAGUUGACACAGAUGAUGAGAGCGAGUUCAACAAGAACUUUUCCUAUCGUGAGUUGAUUGGAACAUUGCUUUAUCUCUCAAAUAAAACUCUACCUGAUAUAUCAUAUGCUGUUGGAUAUGGGAGCAGAAAAAUGGGGAAACCAACUAAUAUGGAUGUAACAAACAUGAAGAGAGUGAUUCGAUAUCUGAAAGGAACUAAAGCUCGAGGUAUAGAAUUUCAUGGGAACUGUGAAGAGAAUGAAAUAUCUGCAUUCAGUGAUAGUGACUUUGCCGCUGACAGUGAAACACGUAAAAGUACUACCGGUUAUGUAAUAAUAUUCUGCGGUGGACCUAUUGCAUGGUCUUCCAGGGGACAACCAAUUAUGUCGUUGUCUAGUACUGAAGCAGAAUACAUUGCUGCUGCAGAAUGUGUGUGUGUGUGUGUGUAUACUUGA